AAUCGAGGUGGGGGGGGGGUAAGCGUCCCAACGACCUGGACCCCACCCCAAAGACGCCGCAGUCGGCAACGCGUAAAUUGUAUUUUAUUUUACAAACGCCUUUCCCCACCACCGUCAGCGCAGGGCGCACGGGCACCCGUAGCACGCGUGCGCAUCAAGCAGACGGAAAUAAACAGAUGGCGGAGGCGGCGUGCGGCUCGGGGUUACGGGCGCCUCCUCCUCCUCCGCCUCCUCCUGCGGCGGCUCCUGCGGCGACUCCUCUGGCGACUCCUCUCUCUGCUUCGUCCCCCGGUGCCGUGGAAGGACGGGGGCAUGGCCGGGGCCAGGGCGGGCAGGCGUGCGGGGAUGAACUCCGGCUGGAGGUUGCCGGCUCGCACUCGUCGCCCGUGUGGGUGCGCGGUCUGGCGGAGCGGUGGCGGAGCCGCCUCGCUGCCGCCGAGGCGAGGAGACGCGGCGGCAGCGAGGCACUGGAGCAGGAGCUGAGCCUCGUGUGCGGAGUGGAGACGCUGCGGUGUCCCGCUGAGGCACUGAACUGUGAUCCACGCAGCAUCCCGCCGCACGUGGAACUCCUCACGCUCAGGCUGAGGCAGCAGUACCUGGAAAAGAAACAACGCCUGCGCCCUACGGGAGCGCCAACGAACAAGCGUAUACAAACCAUGCUGCGCGAGAUGGAGCUGCAGUACCACGCCAAGCAGUCUGAGGAGCCGGAGGACGCCAUCCCACCCGGAGAGGUCCUGCUCGACGUUAACGUCUACUACCCCAUCAUCCUUCAGCGGCACAAGUGCAGCAAACCACACCAGGUGCUCCAUGUGCUGGGCAGCCAGAAGCUGACGGAGCUCCGGGAUGCGCUGCCAUGCGUGAGCGACCUGCAGAUGCUGGGCGAGUACAGCAACACCCCCGACCUGGCGCCCGAGCACACUAGCAGGGACCUCUACAAGUCGGCCUUCUUCUACUUUGAGGGCAUCUUCUACAAUGACAUGCGCUUCCCCGAGUGCCAGGAUCUGAGCAGGACGAUCGUAGAGUGGGCGAGUUGCCUGGACCGGGGCCACGGGCCAUUUGAGGCACGUUCCAUGGAAGACCACACCUUUAAUGACCUGGUUCUCAAGGUGGGAUUCCCCUACCUCUACUGCCACCAGGGAGACUGCGAGCACAUCAUCAUCGUCAAGGACAUAAGGAUGGUGAACCCGGAUGACUGCCAAGACCGGUCCCUGUACCCCCUGCUCGUCAGCAAGCACUGCUUCAUGUCGAGGAAGUGUCUUGUCUGCAAAAUCUACACGGCCAAGUGGGUGACCAACAACGACGAGCUGGCCCCCGAGGACCCCUGCUUCUUCUGCGACGUCUGCUUCCGCAUGCUGCACUACGACGAGAGCGGGGGCAAGGUGUGCGACUUCGAGGCGUUCCCUUACGUAGACCCCGGCAUAUUCAACUAAAGGCGUCUGUGCCUAACCUGCUAGGAGCCCGGCAACCUGCGUUUUGUGACUCCUGGCCAUGCGCACCGCUGACGAGUGAUUAUUGGCGACUUUCUAUGGACUUUUUCCCCCGGCGGCUUAUACAGCUACAGCGUGAACAGUUGCGAUGGAGAGACGGAUGACAGAUUGGGGUUUCCGUUGGCCACACCACCCAUAACCCACGUGCCGGCCUGUUGUGUGGACGUUCAUCAACAGCACUUGCCUCUUCACUGCUUUGGAGUGUUACUGUGUGAAAAAUGUCAUCAGGUAAAAAGGUCUACCGAGUACAUACUGUAUUCGUGAAAUCUACGUUGACAGCAUUCCAUACCAGCUUCUCAGUGACCAUGCUGGAACCCCUCCUCGGUUGGCAUCUUGCAGAAAACUUGGUUUGUUCUUUACAUUAAAUAUUGUUGUAAAAUGGAA